AUGGUUCAUGAAUGUACCUGCCAUGAGGGCUAUGAAGGAAACGGCAAAAAUUGUACAGAUGUCAAUAAGUGCGAAGACAAUCCUUGCCAUGUGAAUGCAAAUUGCACCACUGUUAAUGGAUGGUAUGAAUGUAUUUGUCACGAAGGAUAUGAAGGCAAUGGCACCAGCUGUACAGAAAAUGCAAAUUGUACAAAUGUAGAUGGUUCGUAUGAAUGUACCUGCCAUGAGGGCUAUGAAGGAAACGGCAAAAAUUGUACAGAUGUCAAUAAGUGCGAAGACAAUCCUUGCCAUGUGAAUGCAAAUUGCACCACUGUUAAUGGAUGGUAUGAAUGUAUUUGUCACGAGGGAUAUGAAGGCAAUGGCACCAGCUGUACAGAUAUCAAUGAAUGCGAAACAAAUCCUUGUGAUGAAAAUGCAAAUUGUACAAAUGUAGAUGGUUCGUAUGAAUGUACCUGCCAUGAGGGCUAUGAAGGAAACGGCAAAAAUUGUACAGAUGUCAAUAAGUGCGAAGACAAUCCUUGCCAUGUGAAUGCAAAUUGCACCACUGUUAAUGGAUGGUAUGAAUGUAUUUGUCACGAAGGAUAUGAAGGCAAUGGCACCAGCUGUACAGAUAUCAAUGAAUGCGAAACAAAUCCUUGUGAUGAAAAUGCAAAUUGUACAAAUGUAGAUGGUUCGUAUGAAUGUACCUGCCAUGAGGGCUAUGAAGGAAACGGCAAAAAUUGUACAGAUGUCAAUAAGUGCGAAGACAAUCCUUGCCAUGUGAAUGCAAAUUGCACCACUGUUAAUGGAUGGUAUGAAUGUAACUGUCACGAAGGAUAUGAAGGCAAUGGCACCAGCUGUACAGAUAUCAAUGAAUGCGAAACAAAUCCUUGUGAUGAAAAUGCAAAUUGUACAAAUGUAGAUGGUUCGUAUGAAUGUACCUGCCAUGAGGGCUAUGAAGGAAACGGCAAAAAUUGUACAGAUGUCAAUAAGUGCGAAGACAAUCCUUGCCAUGUGAAUGCAAAUUGCACCACUGUUAAUGGAUGGUAUGAAUGUAUUUGUCACGAAGGAUAUGAAGGCAAUGGCACCAGCUGUACAGAUAUCAAUGAAUGCGAAACAAAUCCUUGUGAUGAAAAUGCAAAUUGUACAAAUGUAGAUGGUUCGUAUGAAUGUACCUGCCAUGAGGGCUAUGAAGGAAACGGCAAAAAUUGUACAGAUGUCAAUAAGUGCGAAGACAAUCCUUGCCAUGUGAAUGCAAAUUGCACCACUGUUAAUGGAUGGUAUGAAUGUAUUUGUCACGAAGGAUAUGAAGGCAAUGGCACCAGCUGUACAGAUAUCAAUGAAUGCGAAACAAAUCCUUGUGAUGAAAAUGCAAAUUGUACAAAUGUAGAUGGUUCGUAUGAAUGUACCUGCCAUGAGGGCUAUGAAGGAAACGGCAAAAAUUGUACAGAUAUCAAUGAAUGCGAAACAAAUCCUUGUGAUGAAAAUGCAAAUUGUACAAAUGUAGAUGGUUCAUAUGAAUGUACCUGCCAUGAGGGCUAUGAAGGAAACGGCAAAAAUUGUACAGAUGUCAAUAAGUGCGAAGACAAUCCUUGCCAUGUGAAUGCAAAUUGCACCACUGUUAAUGGAUGGUAUGAAUGUAUUUGUCACGAAGGAUAUGAAGGCAAUGGCACCAGCUGUACAGAUAUCAAUGAAUGCGAAACAAAUCCUUGUGAUGAAAAUGCAAAUUGUAAAAUGUAGAUGGUUCAUAUGAAUGUACCUGCCAUGAGGGCUAUGAAGGAAACGGCAAAAAUUGUACAGAUCUCAAUAAGUGCGAAGACAAUCCUUGCCAUGUGAAUGCAAAUUGCACCACUGUUAAUGGAUGGUAUGAAUGUAUUUGUCACGAGGGAUAUGAAGGCAAUGGCACCAGCUGUACAGAUAUCAAUGAAUGCGAAACAAAUCCUUGUGAUGAAAAUGCAAAUUGUACAAAUGUAGAUGGUUCAUAUGAAUGUACCUGCCAUGAGGGCUAUGAAGGAAACGGCAAAAAUUGUACAGAUAUCAAUGAAUGCGAAACAAAUCCUUGUGAUGAAAAUGCAAAUUGUACAAAUGUAGAUGGUUCGUAUGAAUGUACCUGCCAUGAGGGCUAUGAAGGAAACGGCAAAAAUUGUACAGAUGUCAAUAAGUGCGAAGACAAUCCUUGCCAUGUGAAUGCAAAUUGCACCACUGUUAAUGGAUGGUAUGAAUGUAUUUGUCACGAAGGAUAUGAAGGCAAUGGCACCAGCUGUACAGG